CUACAUUGUCACUUUGAAAAUCAAAGACAGCGUAGUGACGUCACAAACUCUAGAAUCUCUAGAGAUACAUCGACUCUGCAGACUGCAAGAGCAACAUCAAUUGACAUAUGAUAUAAGUGAUAGAGCACAGUGAAUAAUCAACAAUGCGAUAAGAAUGAAGCGCGUGUGGCCCGUUAUCGCCCAGUCAUUUACUCUGAAAUGUUACAGCGUACAACCGGCGAGACGUCAAAUCAGCACAAUGGCACAUCCACUAAUUGCAGUAUGCCAAAUGCGAUCGAUAGCUGACAAAGUGAAAAAUCUGGAGGUUGUGAGCGAAUUGGUAGCCGAGGCUAAACGCAGAUCGGUCACGAUAGCAUUUUUUCCUGAAGCUUGCGACUUUUUGGCGGAUAACAAGAAGGACAUCAUCGCCAUGGCUGAACCUUUGACUGGACAGACAGUGGCGUCUUAUAAAGAGAUCGCUGCCAAGAAUGAUAUCUGGUUGUCCUUGGGUGGAAUUCACGAAGCUUCCGAUAAUGUGGAAAAGAUUUACAAUACGCAUAUAUUGAUAAAUAAUGAUGGACAGUUGGUGGCAGCAUACAGAAAGAUACACUUAUUCGACAUGGAUAACAAAGAUACCGGAGUACGCCUGAUGGAAUCGGACUAUGUGCUUAAAGGGACCGAAAUCGUGCCGCCUGUGCCAACACCGAUCGGCAGGCUCGCGCUUAGCAUUUGUUACGACAUGCGGUUUCCCGAGCUGUCGCUAACUUUACGGAACAUGGGAGCGCAGAUUCUCACGUAUCCGUCGGCGUUCACGUAUCAAACCGGUGCCGCGCACUGGGAGGUGAUGCUGCGAGCGCGAGCCGUGGAAAAUCAGUGUUACGUCAUAGCCGCGGCGCAAACCGGCGCGCACAACAAGAAGAGAGUGAGCUGGGGUCAUGCCAUGAUUGUGGAUCCUUGGGGCGCCGUCGUAGCGCAAUGCGCGGAAAAAACGGGUAUAGCUACGGCAGAAAUUGAUCUCGCACUACUGGAAAAAGUCAGGAAAAAUAUGCCGUGCGAGGAACACCGUCGCACGGAUCUGUACUCCAAAAUGGAGUGUCAAAAGUUCACUUAAUACAAAGAGUUUAAUAAGUAAAUAAGUGAUUGUAAUUAAAUGAUUUUAAAACAGAUUUGUAUAUUCAGUGGAACCCGACAUAAAAAUCUAGAAUAAAAUAAUAUAUUAUCUUUAUCAA